CUGGACACUUUUCCUCCAGGCGCCAAACGAGCACCACCUGAGUCUGACCUUUCCAACGCGAGCACGCACAGAAAACCACACAGGAACUUUUUAAUGCAAAGAUAAAACUCGUUAUUUUUGUGCAACACUGGACCCGAGAGCUGGAGAUGAAGACAGGAUUGGCGCUUUUCUGUCGGACUUGGAUGGGACUUGCGUGCGCAUCAGGUUUGGUGAUUGGAUUUUCGAUACUUCCACCCUCCCUCGACGUCCCCAAAGACGACCUCGUGAUCCCUGUUUAUGAAACGCUCCGAAUAACAUGCAGAGGAGAGCGGACACUGGCGUGGGCGUGGCCGGAUCAGACUCUGGUGGCGCAGGAGUUGAACGCACGUCAGGCGCAAGAACCGCCCUCCGGCGCCCCCCAGAGGCAGGCGGUGGUCAGCGAGUGCGAGGGUCACCCGGGACAUCCCUACUGCAAGAGACUGGUCCUGAGUGGCGCCCAGGCCAAAGACACGGGGUACUACCGCUGCUACUACACCAACGUCAAAGCCAUCAUCGACGGGACGACAGCGGUCAGUGUGUACGCCUUCAUCAGAGACCCGGAGCAGCCCUUCCUCAUGAGACCCGGUCAAAGCUCUGAACUGGAGACCUUAUUAAUCAGCGGCCCGUCCACUCACGUCACUGUGCCGUGUGUCGUGACCGUCCCCGAUCUCAACGUGACCCUCCACUCGUAUCCCACCCCUCUGCAGAAAGCUGACAUGAAGUGGAACAACAAACUGGGCUGGACAGUUCCCAGACACGUGGUGGACAACCCCAUGGUGCUCGGAGUCAUGUGUGUGGCUACGCUGAACGGCAAAGAAUACCAAUCCGUCAACUACCUUUUCCAUACGGCUGGAAGUCAUGUUUACGACGUCAAGCUGUUUCCUGAGGACCCCGUGGAGCUGAUGGUGGGGGACCCGCUCACCCUAAACUGCACCGCGCUGGUCGAGUUUGACACCGGGGUCGACAUCAAGUGGGCGUAUCCCGGGGCAGAGUCAAACAGCGUGGUGAGCAUCCAGCCGUACAGAGAGGCUUUGUCCCACGCCACAGAGGCCGCCAGCAUCCUGACCAUCCCCAGCGUGAACGUGACGGACACCGGAGCGUACAGCUGUAACGUCACCAGCACGGGCUCCACUCACACGCAGCUCAUGCAUGUCACGGUGCACGAAAAGCCAUUUAUCAACCUGAGCUACAGAAAUGGCCCUGUUGUCGAGGUAACUGCCGGCCAGAAGUCUGUAAAAAUAAACGUGAACGUGUCUGCGUACCCCACCCCUGAGACAAAGUGGUUUAAAGAUGGAAAAUCGAUAACGCAGCGGUCCGAGUUCAAAAUAAAGAGGAUCAGGAUGCAUCCGAAACACGUGCUGGAGAUCAGAGAUGUGUGUCGAGAGGAUGCGGGGGUUUACACGGUGCUGCUGCGGAACACUGCGGCCGGACUGGAGCAAAAACUCAAUAUUACGCUGGUGGUCAAUGUCGUCCCUCAGAUCCAUGAGAAAGAGGUGGCAGAGCCGUCCAGCCCGUACCCCAGCGGCAGCAGCCACGUCCUCACCUGCACCGCCUUCGGGCUCCCGGCUCCGUCCAUGAGCUGGCACUGGAGAGACUGGGGCCCCUGUGUCCUCAACAGCACAAUGGGCCACGGCGACGGGACCGGGCAGAGCGACAGGAGCGGCGACUGUCAGAACUGGCACGACGUUAUCCCCCAAAACACAGACAACCACAUCGACGCCAUCGAGACAUCCGUUGAAGUCGUUGACGGCAGACAAAAGAUCGUCAGCAGGCUGCACAUUCAGAACGCCACAGUUUCGGUCAUUUACAAAUGCACAGCUGAGAACAAAGUGGGCAAAGACGAGCGGCUCAUCUACUUCUACGUGACCACUGUCCCCGAAGGCUUCAGCGUGAGCGUGUUACCCUCCGAGGGCCCUCAGGAGCAGGACCGCGUGUCUCUCUGCUGCAGCGCCGACAACUACACCUACGAGCGUCUGCAGUGGUACCGCCUCCACCCUCAGGCCCUCCCUCAGGAGCUGGAGUGCCGGAGCGUGCACCUUUACGCUGACACGCUCCCCGGGCAGCUCUCAUUCCAGGCUCCGUCCAACAGCUGGGUCCUGGAUCACACUGUCGAAUCCGUCCAGCUGCGGGACGAGGGCCAUUACGUCUGUGAAGCCCAGAGCCGCCGCACGGGAGAGAAGCAGUGUCUGUUUAGAUACGUCUCGGUAAAAGCUCUAGAGGCGCCCCAGUACAAACGCAGCCUCACCAACCAGACGGUGAAUGUGACCGAGUCCCUGAGAAUGGAGUGUGACGUGGAGGGCAGACCUUCGCCGAGCCUCUCCUGGUUUAAAGACAACCAGCCUCUUCACCAAAUGUCAGGCAUCCAGCUGCACGACGCAAACCGCACGUUGAGUAUCCAGCGCGUGAGGGAGGAGGACGCCGGGCUGUACACGUGCGUGGCGUGUAACCAGAGAGGCUGCGUGCAGGCGUCUGCUGCCGUGAGAGUUAUGGGCUCCACAGACAGAGCCAACGUGGAGCUUGUGAUUCUGAUCGGCACCGGAGUCAUCGCCGUGUUCUUCUGGGCUCUGCUGAUUCUCAUCUUCUGUAACGUGAAGCGGGUGAACCCGGUCGACAUAAAGACGGGGUAUCUGUCCAUCAUCAUGGACCCGGGGGAGGUGCCUCUGGACGAGCAGUGUGAAUAUCUGCCGUACGAUUCCUCGCAGUGGGAGGUGUCCAGGGACCGGCUCCGACUCGGGAAGGUCCUGGGCCACGGCGCAUUUGGAAAAGUAAUGGAAGCGUCGAUCUACGGCAUCAGCAAGAGUAACAGUUUGAACACGGUGGCGGUGAAAAUGCUGAAGGACGGAGCGACGGCCAGCGAGCACAAAGCGUUGAUGUCGGAGCUGAAGAUCCUCAUUCACAUCGGGAACCACCUGAACGUCGUGAACCUCAUCGGCGCCUGCACGAAACCCAACGGCCCCCUAAUGGUCAUAGUCGAGUACUGCAAAUACGGGAACCUGUCCAACUUCCUCCGCUCCAAGAGAGAGUUCUUCCUCCCUUACCGGGACCGCUCUCCCAAAACCCAAAGCCAGGUCCGAAGAGUGAUCGAGGCCGGCAGACUGGAGCAGAAAGUUCAACACACGUCUCCAGCGUCACUCAACGCGUCGCAAAACACAACGACCCCUCAGUGUCCGCUCAAAGAGAAAAUAGAGGAUUUGUGGAAGACCCCCCUCACUAUUGAAGAUCUCAUAUGUUAUAGUUUCCAGGUGGCUCGGGGGAUGGAAUUUCUAGCCUCGAGAAAGUGUAUCCACAGGGAUUUGGCAGCACGCAACAUUCUCCUGUCAGAGAGCAACAUUGUGAAGAUCUGUGACUUCGGUCUGGCCAGAGACAUAUACAAAGACCCGGAUUAUGUCAGGAAAGGCAAUGCUCGUUUGCCUUUAAAGUGGAUGGCUCCAGAGAGCAUCUUCGACAAAGUGUACACCAGCCAAAGCGACGUGUGGUCUUUUGGAGUUCUCCUCUGGGAAAUUUUUUCACUGGGUGCCUCUCCAUACCCCGGGGUGCAGAUUGAUGAAGACUUCUGUAAGCGUUUAAAAGACGGCGUCAGGAUGAGAGCUCCAGAGACAGCCUCCCCCGAAAUAUACGGGAUCAUGCUGGCCUGUUGGCAAAGUGAACCCAAGGAGAGGCCCCAGUUCCCCGCUUUGGUUCAGAUUCUGGCUGACUUACUUCAGGACAACGACUCCAAAGACUUCACGGCUCUGAACCAGUCGCAGAGUUCAGAGGACGACGGGUUUUCACAGGCGUCGUCCCGGCCCCCGUCUGAAGAAGAGCUGCGGCUGACCGCUCAAAGUCUGGCGACGAGGUAUUAUAACUUCGUGCCCUUUGCGAGCUGUGUACUUGUGGGUUCGACCAAACAAAGCCAGUCCAGGGUCAGGACAUUCGACGAGUCCCCCGUGGAGCUGCACCAGCACAAAGUCCCUCAAGACAACCAGACAGACAGCGGCAUGGUUCUGUCCUCGGAGGAGUUUGAAAGAAUUGAGAACAGAGCGAGAGGGACAAAAAGUCGCAUGGGCAGCAGCAGCAGCACCGAGCCCCUCACAGCCUCCCACGGGUCCUCGGGUUGGAGCACCGGUCCCUCUCGGCCUCGUCCAAACUUCUUCAGUCAACUGUCGGGUCAGACCUUUUACAACAACGAGUAUGGGCACCUGUCCGAGGAGGGUUUCUGCGACUUCUUCUCCUCACCGGACGCCCUCUGUCUGGCCUCGUCUAACGUCUGACAAACUAAAAUGGAGCGUAAAAGAAAGUGAAAGCGAACAGACAGUGCUGAGUUUACACAUAACACGAUAACGCACAGCAGGUAAAGUAGUAUUUAGUGAAAACGAAAGGGCUACUCAUCUCAAUCUACAGCUUAUUCCCUGGGGCUGUCAUCUCAAAACUGGACGUCCACGUGUUUCUCUUCCAAGCCACUGGAUGGCAGCAUUACAACAAAAAUCAACUAAACAUAUUUUUAUGUACUCUUGUAUUUUUAUCUUUUGUAUGCAGAGUAUCCUUCCAUUAUUUUUUAC